AUGACUGGCUCAAGAAUGUGUCCCUGUGCGUCUUGCUUCGGCUCGACCCCACAGAGCAAUUGGCGUUCGGACGGUUUCUUCGGAGUUCAGGUGCAAGGCGCUGAGCUGAUUGAAAAGGGCGAAGGCUUCAGAAUUCCGCCGUUGGAAAAGGUUCAAACUCCAAACCCAUAUGUUACCCAGCUGAUGACCAGGUUCCUGGUGCUGCAGAUCCGCCACUCCCUCCACUCACAAAAGGCUUGCAUGAUUCGAGUAUGCUAA